AUGGCUUUGCAAGAGGAGCAGAGUUCCAGUACAAAUGCAACGGUGGCUGCUAUGGAUGACGAAGUUGCCGGUCCUAUUCCAGUCCAGAAGCUCGAAGGAUCUGGGAUUUCAGCAGCUGAUGUUAAGAAGUUGCAAGAAGCAGGAUUUUAUUCCGUAGAAAGCAUACAGUUUGUCCCCAAAAAGGCUCUGCUUGCUAUCAAGGGUAUUAGCGAAAUGAAGGCGGACAAAAUUUUGGAUGCUGCAAAGAAAUUGGUUCCAUUUGGCUUUACUACAGCUACUGAGUUUCAUCAGAAGCGUUCGGAAAUCAUUCAACUUACUACGGGCUCCAAGGAGUUGGAUAAGUUACUGCAAGGUGGGAUUGAAACUGGCUCCAUCACCGAGCUCUUUGGCGAAUUUCGUACCGGCAAAACGCAAAUUUGCCACACUUUAGCCGUUACAUGCCAGUUGCCUGUUGAUAUGGGAGGCGGUGAAGGCAAGUGCCUUUACAUCGAUACAGAGGGAACUUUUCGACCAGAGCGGCUUCUUGCCGUCGCUGAGCGGUAUGGACUAUCAGGAAGUGACGUCCUUGAUAAUGUCGCCUAUGCUCGUGCUUACAAUACCGACCACCAGAUGGAGCUUCUGAUCAAUGCUGCUGCCAUGAUGAGUGAAUCUAGAUACGCUCUACUGAUAGUGGACAGCGCCACCGCCCUCUACCGAACGGACUACUCCGGUCGUGGUGAGCUUUCUGCCCGCCAGAUGCACCUAGCUCGCUUCCUCCGAACACUCCUCCGACUGGCCGAUGAGUUUGGUGUCGCCGUCGUGAUCACCAAUCAAGUUGUUGCUCAGGUGGACGGCGCGGCGAUGUUUUCGGCAGAUCCGAAGAAACCUAUUGGUGGCAAUAUUAUGGGUCACGCAUCUACUACUAGACUCUAUCUUCGAAAGGGUAGAGGCGAGACGAGAGUGUGCAAGAUCUACGACAGUCCCUGUCUACCAGAAGCGGAGGCAAUGUACGCAAUUCUGCCGGACGGGAUCGGGGACGCCAAGGACUGA